AUGGCAGCUGAAGACGCGACCACGAGAAAGUCGCCCGACGCGGUGCCUGCGCAGUCUGUUGAGGCAGCCCCGGAAGAUAACGCGGUCGCGUCUUCUGUUGAGCCCGCUGGCGAUGACGACGCGAGCAAGUCUGUCGGAGAGAAGAAGGAUGCUCCGGUCGAGGAGAAGGCGAAUGAGGAAGAGACCGUUGAGGAGAGCAAGACCAAUGGAGAUGAGAAUGACGCGACCAAGGAGGCUGCGGACGAGACGCCUGCCGAUGCCGAUGUCGCUGUCGCCACCGAGACUGAGAAGCCGGCUGCUACUCCCGCUUCGAAGAAGAAGAAAGGGGCCCUGAAGUCGAUCGGGAAGAAAAAGUCGCUCGCCAAUCUCAGGCGGAAGUCGACAGGCGGCCCUGCUGCUGCCGAUACCAAGUACGAGAUUGGCCAAUACGUACUGGCAAAGAUGCGCAGUUUUCCCCCGUGGCCAGCGAUCAUCCUCAGCAAGGAACUCCUUCCGGAGAUCAUGGCUGUCAAGCCGACUGCUGGAAACGCGAAGUCGCUGGAGUCACUCGGAGACGCUGCCUGGACUACUCAAUACCCGAUUUUCUACAUGGGAACAUAUGAAUACUCCUGGAUUGCCGCCAGUGAUCUCGAGCCUCUGUCUACCGAGAAAAUUGAGCGUGGUGCGGCCUCCAAGAAGGCGAAGAAGCUCAAUGAAGCCUUCUCCGAGGCUGCUCAAGGUUUCUCUCUCGACGACGUGAAGGGUCUUCAGGAGGAGGUCAUGGACGUCGACGAGGAAGAGGAGGCGAAGGACGAGGACGUUGAGGUCGCUGAGCCAUCACCAGAAGAAGAUGAGAUGGAGGUAGACGAGGAUGAGGAGGCCAGUGGCGACGAGAAGCCCAAGAAGAAGAAGGCUGCUCGCGGCAAGAAGCGCAAGAAGUCCGAGUCCGCUAGUGACGACGAGGCAGAGUCUGAGAAGCCGGCCAAGACACCGAAGAAGGCCGCUGCUUCCAAGGCGAAGACUCCGAAAACCGCUGCUACCAGCAAGACCCCGGCGAAGAAAGUUACUCCUACUCCAGCUAAGGCGAAGACCCCCAAAACUCCCGCAAAUGGCGUCAAAGCGUCGGCAAAGAAGAGUGCUGCUGCACCCAAGGACAAGGCAUCUCCUCCGGCGACUGCUUCCAAGAAGAAGGCUGCGCCUGCGAAGAAGAAGGCCGCUGCUGCGAAGAGCAAGGAGGUCGUCGAAUCAGAGGAGAGCGAGACCGAGAAGUCGGAAGAGCAGUCCUCAACUGAUCCCAGGACCCUCUCCGCCGAGGACCAGCACAAGUACAUCCUUCACCGACGGCACAAGCUUCAGAAGGCGUUCUUGAACAAGGACAAGACGCCUCCUAUGGAAGAGGAAAUGGCCGAGCUGUCGAAGUGGCUCACGUCUCUGGAGGAGUGGGAUGACAUGCCUGCCGAUCUUAUCAAGUCCACCAAGAUUCACAAGGUACUUCGUGGAAUCAUGAAUGUUGAUUUCGCGAUUCCCCUCGAGGAGACCUAUACCUUCAAGGCGAGAUCCGAGCCGCUCCAUGCGAAGUGGGUAGAGACUAUCCGCAACGCCGACAAGCCCGCUAAGGCUGAGGAGCCGAGUAAGGCCGAUGAGUCUGCUAAGGAAGAUGAGGAGGUGAAAGAGAAUGGCGUCAACGGGGAGGCUGAGGCUGAGGCCGAGGAGACCAAGACUGAGAAGGAGGAGGUGACAGAGGCUGAGAAGGCCGGACUCCCUGCGGAAGCUGCUGACGCUCCUGAGGCUGGCGUUGAGGUGGUUGAGCGCAAGGGAGAGACUCUCGUCCUCACUGAAGUCACCAUGAAAGACGCACCUGCUGCUGCCGCCGCCUCUACCGACAAGGAGGAGGGCGAAACUGCCACUGCUGCUACCGACUCUAAGGCGGCUGAGGCUGAGACCGAGGAAGAGGUUGAGGCGUAG